AAGCCGACAGGGGCGGCAGGGCCCGCGUAGUUGAAGGUGGGGGAGAAGGGCCCACGGAGAUGGACGGCGUUUUCCGUCGGCACCGAGAGGCGGAGGAAGAGGUCCGGGCUCUGGAGGCCGAGAUCGCAGCGUUGCGACGAGUGUGUGCGGAGCCGCCGCCGCCGGAGGAAGAGGAGGAGGAGGAGGAGGAGGAGAGGCUGAAAGCCAUAAAACUAUUUCAAGAAAUACCAAAUGCCCAGCCCGAAGAAUGGGAGUCUGUCAUAGAUCUGCAAACUCAGCUGAAGCAAUGUGAAUCAGACCUUUCCUUUUUAAAGAAACUAACUGGCAUUGAUCUAAUAAAUUACUCCCAAGUGACAAUAAAGUCUGAAGGGAAAAAUAUACCAAGGAUCAGAUUCAAAGGAAAUUGCUCCACCUUGGAAUUUGAGCUCGAAUUUCAGCUUCUGGAAGCUCAGAGUGACAACAAUCAGACAUUUCGUAUUGCUGACCUCAGUAUAAUAAUGGAAUCCGUUGAAGAGUCUGAAUUGAGCCCACUGGUUUAUAGGGCAGAAGAGAAAGGGGACCUUUUCCAGUUUUUCAGAAGCCUUAAUGUUUUUGCUGAGUUGUAUGUACUUCGGGAGACUAUCCUCAAGCACCUCAAGGAAAAAUAUCCUGACAUUGUAAGCCUGCCUGCAGGAGCGUCAGCACAGUACAUGACUAUAAAGAACCCUCGCCUCCCUGGAUUUGCGUUUGUCAUUGUUUGGCUGAUACAGAUCACUGAUGAUGGAAUAGUCUGGCCCAAUUUGGAUCUACUGGUCAAAAUCUCAGAACAAGCCCUUGCCCUGGACAAACUGAAGGUUGUGGAAAAUGCUCCUCGCUCCUUCCGAGCACUGCUGCGGGUGUUUGGGAUUGAGGUCACCUUUGAAAAGUUGAUCGAAUCAUUUUGCCUGUAAAAAUGAAGACUCAAUCGUUCAGAUCAUUCAAAUUCCUUUCCAGCUGCUAGCGUGAGAUUCUGCUGGUUCUGCAGUCUAUAAUUUUAUUGAAUAUAAACAUUAGUUAUUUUCCAUUUAGAAACCAUACCCAUAAACCAUGCUAUCUGUACAAUUAUGGCACGUUAUAUAUAAAUUGUCAUAACAUGAAAAAUAAAUACAGCCAUUUAAAUACAAAAUGCCAAAUAACA